CAAAAUAAACACGUGCGGCUGCAUUACAUUUGACUUUAUAAUUGUUUACAUUUUGUUGACAUAUUACAAAAUAUACAAUGGGUAAGCAAAAGAAGACGAAAAAGAUACAGAAACAGCGAAAUGCACAAUUGAAGCGUCUGAUGAAGCCCACCGAUUCCCGGAUAAAGGAGCAAGCACGUCAAAAACGAAAAAAGCCAACCGAUCCUCAUGAUAUGAAAGUCCAUGAAGCGACACAGCAGAGCUCGGCACUCUUUUUCCAGUACAACACACAGCUGGGACCGCCCUAUCAUAUCGUGCUCGACACGAAUUUCAUUAAUUUUAGCAUUAAAAAUAAGCUGGAUAUAGUGCAGUGCAUGAUGGACUGUCUGUACGCCAAGUGCAUACCAUAUAUAUCGGACUGUGUGCGCGCCGAGCUGGAAAAACUGGGCAACAAGUAUAAAUUGGCCCUCCGAAUCAUAUCCGAUCCCCGUUUCGAGCGUUUACCCUGCUUGCACAAGGGCACCUACGCCGACGACUGCUUGGUCGAGCGAGUGCGUCAACACAAGUGCUACAUUGUGGCCACAAAUGACAAGGACCUGAAGAACCGCAUACGCAAGAUACCAGGCGUUCCUAUCAUGUAUGUCGCUGCGCAUAAAUACGCCAUUGAGCGUAUGCCCGAGGCGUACGGUGUUAAAGCGUAGUCCAAGUUAUAUCUUAUCUUACAUCUAUUAUUUGUAAUUUCUUUAAUAUAGAUAAGCAUUAAGAAAAACU